AUGGCCUCUACGCAAAGCAAUGCCCCGAUCAACACUACUAGAUUAAGACAAAUCGCGACGGACGCUUGCCAAAGCGCCAUCGGUAGCGCAGAGUUUUACGAGCAUUCGAAAGUCGAAGGUUGGAAUUCAACCAUAAUCAACUCGAUCCUCCGGGCCGUCAUAUCCGAAUCGACCCCUUCCGGCUCCCAGACCCCGGCUCAUAAGUAUGUGGUCAACAGCACCAUCGUCCAACACCUCGUCCCGACCUCGGCCCUCAACAAGCCGAAAGGCGGAACCGAAGCGAAAGCCGACAGCCCCCGAAUUAGCACCAGCGACGGUGGCAACCCGACUGCCACAGACGGAAAACCACACGUCGGACGGAGAGGUAUGCACUCGGCGACACAGGCAUUCUGGAACGAAAAGUCAGAUGGUAUGUGGAGUUUCAAAUAUGACGGCGGUGAAGGAAAGGGUAUGGACGUUGUCAUCUCCGUCAUCUGGAUCGGAAUAUAA